AUGGAAAGCAUGAGCAAGCCUUCCACCAAGUCCAAAAGAAAAGGCACUCAGCCGGCCGCGCCGGCGUCUGAGUCAACGAACCGCUUCCUCGGCGUGAGGAGGCGGCCAUGGGGGCGGUACGCGGCCGAGAUACGCGACCCCACGACAAAGGAGCGGCAUUGGCUGGGCACAUUCGACACGGCCGAGGAGGCCGCGUUGGCCUACGACCGGGCUGCCCGGUCCAUGCGCGGGUCGCGGGCCCGCACCAACUUCGUCUACUCGGACAUGCCCCCGGGCUCCUCGGUCACCUCCAUCAUCUCCCCCGACGAGCAGCACCGCUCGGACUUCUCCGUGCUGUUCGGCGGGGGGAACAGCUCGGAGAUAUAUUUCGGGGCGGGGGAGGGGCAGUAUUCGGGGUUUCAGCUGACAGGGGAGGCGUGGCCGAAUGUGUACCAGGCGGGGAGCAGCCACGUGGCGGAGGAGGCUGAGCUGCCGCCGCUGCCGCCGGAUAUAACGAGCGGCUGCUACUCGGGGGAGCCGCCGGUGCUGUCGGAGAUGGGGCAUGGGGUGUUGAAUGAGAUGAGGUGUCUGGAGCUGUCGGAGCAGCGGCGGAGCAUGGACGCGGCGGUGGGGUACGAGUACGACGGAGGGUAUUAUGGGGUGGAGGAGUCGAUGGAGGCGGCGAGGAGUAGCUUCUCCGGCGGGUUUGGGUGGUUCUGA